AUGGAGGCGCGCGGAGAGUGCAGUCCGGCGAGCGAGGACGAUGCGCCACCGGAGGACCGGAUCAGCGUGACGGACGUGUCGGUGGAGGUGGCCACGGUGGACGCCAUGCUCGAUAAGCUGUGUAAGAAAUACAGCAGACGCAGGAGGAGAGCAAAGAAGGUAAAAAAAGCCAAGAAGAAUCCACCGGUCAACCUGCAGCACCUGGUCCUGAUCAUUACAGUGGUGGUGUUUGUCCUCGUGGUCAUCAUGUGGUCACUUCUGUGGGUUUUUACAUUUCGGAGAGAAAGUAACAGUGGUGUGUACUUCGCUGGAAUGUUCCGAGUUGCCAACAUGGAGUUUAUACCAGAGUACCGCUACGCAGACUCCAGUGAAUUUGUUUCCAUGGCAAAUCAAAUACAACAUGUGGUCAGCACAGUCUACAAAUCAUCAUCAGUGUCGAAGCUCUACAAACACACCGUCAUCUCUGACCUCAGUAACAAUGAUAAAGGUGGAGUGCUGGUGCAUUUCUGGAUGAUCUUCGUGGUGCCGAGGCUGAAGACUCCAGCAGUGUGUGAGGAGUGUGUUAGCGCGAUCCUCAGAGACUCAGUGCUCACAUCCCUGAAGAACAGAUCAUCUGUGGGCUUCCUCCUGGGGCUGCCAGUGGACAUCGACUCCAUCUUCAUCAACAUUGCUCAGCGCUCAGAUUACACAUCCAUCGCUGCAGGCUCUGAGUGUGUGGAUAAGCUGUACGCAGGCCUCCCCGGUGUGAGAGUCCCUCUGAACGUCUUCUCAUCAUGGGGUGGUCUGAGCUGCCACAUCAAGCUCACAGCAGCUCCGGGUUCCAUCAUCCGGCUCACGGUGAACAGCCUGGACAUCGAGCCCAGCGACUGCAUCCAGGACGCGCUCAGUGUGUACGAUGCCCUGCUGCCCAUGAGAGCCAAAUCCUUACACAGGUUGUGUGAGGCAGUGCGGGUUCCAGUUUCUCUCGUCUCCACCUCUAACGUCAUGCUGCUUUCCUUCAGACUCACACAAGGCAACAAGAGCUUCCGUGGAUUCUUCCAGGCCGUUCCUGAGGAGGAGUGUCUGAGUGUAAUAGAGAUUCCAGCGGUUCUCAGUGAAGCAGGAGUGAUGACCAGCCCGUUCUACCCCAGCCUUCUCCCCCCGCUGUGCUCCUGCACCUGGAGGCUUCAGACCCACAGCACAUCCCUGGGCGUGGCUCUGAAGUUUGAGAACUACAUCCUCUCACUGAAAGACCUGACCCCAUGUGAACACGGCUGGUGGAAGGUCAAUGAGAUCAUAUACUGCGGCCGCUACGUGAGUCACGUGACCGUCUUCCGCAUUCCUGAGAGAAGUGUGGAAGUGGUGUUUCGCUGCAGCUCCCGCAGCUCUGAGCUGCCAUUCAGUGCCACCUACGGCAGCUUCAACAUCAGCCAACCGUGUCCUGAGGGUCACUUCCUGUGUGCCACGGGGUUGUGUGUAGAAAAGGAGCGGCGCUGUGAUGGCCUGGAUGACUGUCAGGAUGAGAGCGAUGAGGUUUUCUGCACAAAACCCUUUAAGAACUGCGGCAGCCCGACUCUCCAUCCUCUUUAUGUGUGCGACGGAGAGGACGAUUGUCCUAACGGUCGAGAUGAAACCAACUGCACUCAAGAGACUGGCUGCUCCGGGAUGUGGUAUCAGUGCAGCAACGGAGUGUGCAUCCUAAAGAAAAACGCCAAGUGUGACGGAUUUCACGACUGUCCUGACCACAGCGAUGAAAAGGACUGCGCCUGUGGUCAGUCCAUGCCUGUCAAACGUGUGAUGGACAGCACAGCUCUUCAGGAGCGAGUGGUGGGUGGAGUCAAUGCUGUAGAAGGGGAGUGGCCAUGGCAGGUCAGUUUGCAUUUCUCAGGUCAUCUGUAUUGCGGCGCUUCGGUUAUCACCAGCGAGUGGCUCAUCUCUGCUGCACACUGUUUUAGCAAAGAGAGACUCUCAGACCCGCGCCAGUGGAUGGCUCACAUGGGCAUGUUGACUCAGGGCAGUGCUAAGCAUGUAGCAGAGAUCCGCCGUAUCGUGGUGCACGAGUACUACAAUGCUCGUAACUUUGACUACGACAUCGCUCUGCUGCAGCUCAGAAAGCCGUGGCCCAGCAGCCUGGCUUCCUUUAUCCAGCCUGUGUGCCUGCCAGCACCCUCACAGACCCUCACCGAGAAACACCGCUGCUGGGUGACCGGCUGGGGUUACCGCUCUGAACAGGAUAAGGUCCUACCCACGGUGCUUCAGAAGGCAGAGGUUCGUAUCCUGAGUCAGAGCGAGUGUAAGAGGGCGUACGGUCCGGUCUCUCCCCGCAUGCUGUGUGCAGGAGUGCCCAGUGGAGAGAGAGACGCCUGUCGGGGGGACUCGGGUGGUCCUCUGUCGUGCCAGGCUUCAGAAGGUGGACGCUGGUUUCUGACCGGGAUCGUAAGCUGGGGGUCGGGCUGCGGCCGACCGAACUUUCCAGGAGUGUACACCAGAGUGGCCAAGUUCAUCAACUGGAUCAACAGCCACAUCUCCAACUCAUGAUUAACCUCCGACACUCAGAGCCAAGCUUCAUAAACUUGAACUCUUAUUCAGUGGACAUUAACGUCUGAACCUCAGUAUCCAUGAACUGACCUCAGCAUUA